AUGGCAGAUCAACCAGUGAACGAAUAUGAUACUGGGGUAUCGAACGGGGAUGUCGAUUGGUUAUUUCGGGGUAAAUCGAAGAAGCUAACGAAGAAGAUGAACAAUGGAUCGGUUCCAGGUGAUAAAGAGAAGAAGGGCGAAGAGGGAGCAGACAAAACGGCCGAAGGAGAAAAAGAAAGAGAUUCUGGCGAAAGAAAUGGCGAGAAGCCAGGUGAAAAGUCGGUUGAAAAGCCUGCUGGUCGUUCAGCAGACGGAUCAUCCAUCCCGCAGGAGAAAGCAGCAGCGAGUGCUCACGAUUCUACAAUACCUACACAGCUGAAACAGCCGCCACCGCUGCAACCACAGCUGGAGAAGAAGAAAUUAGAUUUGUUCAAGUUGGGCGGAAGAUCGAGAUCGUCGUCUACUGGAAGUUCUAACGUAGACAAGUAUGAUAUAUCUUUAACGCAUGUGCCAAAAAGAAGAAGUAGUGUUGCUGUGUCACCUGGACCACCUCUUUCGUCAGGCUCGGGUACUACGCAUUCCGCAAGCGCUAACUUCCUGGACUCGCUGGAUAGCUCGCCCAAUGUUUCACGGUCGAAUUCAACGUCUGGAAAGAGAUCGCUUUUCAGUUCUAUAUCUGCCAAAUUCAAGUCUAAUUCUGCAGGUUCUGCUUCGAGCCAGUCAUCCAAUAAUGUAUCUCCUACAACAUCCAAACUAAAUCCCAACUUGUUAGGAGCUUCUUAUAAUAAUAAUAAUCCUCCAUCACAGGAUCUUACGGCGUUGGUGGAUAAACCUCCUCCAGGCAUUCCGGUAAAUUCUAGACGAAAGAACUCGAUUCAAACAUUUAAGUCAUCACAACAACAACCAAGUAAGCCGUCAGAUAAUAGAGUCGUGUUAAAUAAGAACCCGAAUAGAUCUGAUAACCCACAAGAUGAGUUGAAGAAUAUCAAGUUGAGAAGAAUCACAUUUGCUGUUGAUAAAUUGGCGUUUGACCCACAGCAGCAAAUUCCUUCGAGACGUCCUAAAAAAGGAAAUGUAUUGAUACCUGAAGAUAUUGUUGCACCACCGCCUAGGCUUUCGCAAGGAAUUUCAUUAAGUGAUGCGAAUGGAAACAAGACUAAUUUACAGCCAGAUAAUAAGUAUUCCGAAAAAGAACUAAACCGGGCGAUUGAAGCACAAAAAAGAGCUCUCAUAGAGGCUGAGAAGUAUGCGAACGAAGCACAUUUAUCAGCUAGAAGAACUGCACAUGAAGUUAGCACAUUUAAACAAAGAAGAAACUCGAAACAAAAGGAAGAGGAAGAAGAGGAAGAGGAAGUUGAUAGAGCUUUAGCUCAUGAUAUGGAAAAUGUUGAGAUUGAUAAGCCAUUACAUGUUCAUGAAAAUCACUUUGAUAAACUGAACACUUCUGAUCAAGAAAGUUCAGGGCAUGGCCAUACUGAUCUUGAAGAGAAAAACAUGAUAGAAAAUCUCUCGUUGGAAACUAUCUAUACAAGAUGUUGCCACUUGAGAGAAAUAUUGCCAAUACCUGCAACUUUAAAACAAUUGAAAAAUAAGACGAAGGUUUUGCCAGUCUUGAAAUUAUUAAACCCAAAGCCAACAUUGAUUGACGUUUUAUCAUUUAGCGAUUUCAUCGCUAUUACGCCAAUUAAUGCAAUCAUAUUUGAUAAUGUUACGAUGACAACAGAAAUGUUACAACAUUUUUUAUCAUCAAUAGUUAACAAUAAAUUUGUAGAAAAGUUAUCAUUGAGAAACGUUGCAAUUGAUGAGCUUGGGUGGAAAUUUCUUUGUAAAUUUCUUUCAAUGAGCCAAAGUAUUAAAAAGUUAGAUAUAUCACAACAAAGGAUCAAAUCAGACACAAAGAAAUCCUGUAUCCGGUCUUCAAUGAACUGGAAUCUUUUUAUUCAGUCCUUGAUCACGCGUGGUGGAAUUGAAGAAUUAGUGAUAAAUGGAUGUAAAUUGACAGAUGAGACUUUUAAAGACUUGAUUGAAAAUGCUGUCAGAUUGUCAACCUAUAGAUUAGGUAUAGCUUCGAUCGAAUUGAAUCAAUUCAAGGCGAAAAUUGUUGCAGAUUGGAUUACGGAUGAAAAAUCGAAAUGUGUUGGGGUUGAUGUUGCAUUCAAUGAUUUAAGUAAGGGACAGUUGAUCCCCUUUAUAAAUGCAUUUUAUAAGGGAAAUCUGAAGUUAAUAUUUUUUUCAUUAAAUUCAACUAAAUUAACUGAUAUAGAUCAAACAUCGGAGUUAAUUAGAUCGUUAAGUUAUGUUAAAACUUUAAGAUUUUUAGAUCUAAGUUCGUUGCCAGAUUUAUUUCCUGGAAUCAUUUCAAGGCUUAAAAAGUAUUUACCUCAAUUUCCCAGUUUGAAAAGAAUUCAUUUUGAUUUGAAUGAAUUAUCUAGUUUAUCUAUUGGUGCUAUUGCUGAUAUAUUACCAAAGAUAGAAGGACUAGUGCAUGUAUCCUUCUUAGGCAAUAGAGAUAUUAAUCAUGGAUCUGCUGCUACUUUGUAUACUGCGGUCAAAUUAUCAAAAACAAUAUUCACCUUGGAUUUGGAUUAUGACCUAAUUCCUGAUGCUUUGUCUCAAAGAAUUGCGUUCUAUUUGAUGAGAAAUAUGGACAAGAGUAUGAAUUCGCAGGGUGUCAUCAAUAAUUCUGAAGACCCAAACGAAGAAGAAUUAAUGUUUGAUGGUUCAUUAUUGAUGGAAACAGCGGAAAAAUUAUUAAUCGAAAACGAUAAGAUUCCUGAUAAGAAAGCAGACUUUAAAAUUCAAAAGAUCAUUACUAAUGCGUUGAUUGAAAGAACACGGGCAGUAAGAACAGGUCUUCAUCAAAAUAUUGAUAACUUGUUUCAGAAAAGAAACCAAGGAACUUUGUCUCUUGAAGACAAGGAGACUCUAUUGAGACUUUGUUUGCUUGAUUCAUCUUUAGAAAAGGUUGUUCAUAUGUUCGAGGAGCGUAGUAAAGCAUACAAAACAGGCAAUAGUCCAUCUGCCCAAGCCGGUCCAUCGCCAUCACUUAAAGUCAAUGGCAAUGAUGCUAAUAGUCCUCAAAUUCACCAAAUUUCUGAUGAAGCAGCAAAGCAAAGCCAAAAUAAUCCUGCUAGUAUUUCUAACCACAAUUUAAAAAUUGACUUGCAAGGACGUGAUGCAUUACACGAAAAUUCUAAUGAGUUGAUUACGGCUGGACCAAUAUUGUCACCGCACAACGUAGAACGUUUGAACGUACCAAGCUAUUUCCCAUCCCCUGAACAAAAUUUCCAGCCUCAUCAGGUUGUUAUUGAUUCGUCAUCUGAUGGGAAAAAUGUACCUAUUGAUAACUUAACAGGUAGGCCAGUAUUAAUGAAAUCUAUUUCACAAACUUCACUCCAUGCAAAAGAAUUAGAGAAAGAAGAAGGUGAGUUACAUAGGUGGGGUGUUUUUAUUGAGCAAAGGAAUAACAGUGAAAAUGACUUGACUAAAUUAAAUGACCCGAAAGAUAAUUUGGAUUCACAACAACAAAACAAGCGUGAAGUGCCAACACUUAAUGUGCUACCUUCAGGCUCUGAAUUGAGAGAUGCUAUUAUUGCGGCAAAAGGAAUCGAAUCUAUCACUGAUUUAAUUGAUAACAUCAAUGACAAUAGAAUUAGUAUUGAAAAUAUUUAUAAAUUAGAAGAUGUGACUGGUCAAUCCCAAAAUGAAAAUCGAAGAUCCAGCAAUUCUGAUGACAAUCUAAAGCCAUCGUUACAACUGACUCAACAAGCAAAUGAUAAAUCGACACAUCUAAAUCAUGGGUCAUUGUCUUCCAAGGAAGAUUACGAUUCGAUUGAUUCGAUAGAAAAUCAGAAAAGUUGCAACGAUAGCUGUAUGAAUCAGCCAAAUAAUACUUGUCAAUGUAAAGACCAAAGAGUUAAUGCUGUGGUUGAUGAAGUUUACGACAAACUAUUAAAUGAUGCCCAAAGGGUUAGAUCUAACAAACAAGAGUAA